UAGAUUUGCUGGAAUAAUUAAGUCAGUUAAUGAUUUCUAGAAAGAGUACUAGGGUAAUAGAUGUUACAUGUGUGACGUAGAUAAGACCUACGUGAUCUAAUGUUACUAUAAAAAACCAGUGCAUGACAUCACCAAUCGUAUAUUUGUAGUCAACAUGCGCACAGCAAUAUGUAAUCAAUAAAGCAUGCAGUUUUUACCCCCUGAGGUGAAUGUACGGCCCAUUCAUUCGUUUCCCCAUGUUGGUCGGGAUAGGGCGACGCGACAUGCUGGCGCCAUCGGGUCUGUCAUGGCGCCAAACCGCCUCAUCUUGUGAACUGCGGCAGUCGCGCGCCGGGAUUCGCACUUCGCGCUGCAUCAUGAAGCUCCAGGUUCUACUCUUAUUGUUCUGUGUGAAUGUAUUGUGCGUGAGUGCCAAGGUAAGAGGAGGACCGCACGGACGCUUCAGCAACUAUAGAGGGAGUCAUCAUCACGUGAAUGCACACCACGCCCACUUUUCAUACCACCCGCCGAGUCACAUAUCCUUCACGUGCCGGUAUUGUCCUGCAGCUACGUCGUAUCCAGUGUACCACGGAUUACUACCGACUUAUGUAUACAAAUACAAGGAGUCAGGAAGCCGUUUCGGUGACUUACUCACUGGCCUUGCUCUGUACAAUCUCGGUAGAUCUGCGGGCGAGCAAUGGCAUUACAAGCACUACUACUUGCCCCGGAAAGAAGAAAAUUGCUCAUUACAAGUGAUCGACCAAACGCAAUUUGAUGAGACGUCGUUUCCUUGCUUCAUGAUGUCCACAUUUAUGGACCGAGUGGCGAGUAUGAAGCAUCUAGAAUCGGAUUCGCAGACCAUUGACGUAGCAACGUCUUAUAUUGACGUCAAACCAUUUUUACAAAACAAUGGCACGCCAAUAAAGAUAACAAGGGAGCAAGAAUGCGUUUUAUGGCACAAUUUAACCUUUUCUAAAGAGAGAAAUCAUGUCCCGUGUGCUCUAUUGUACGAGUAUUCUAAAACUAUGAAGCCUUCGGGAGUACCGGUGUACAUAUGGCUGCCAGCGUUGGUGGGGUCGGUCAUUGCUGUGACUCUGUGCUGCAAAUGUUGUAACAUGUGCAAGAAGGAAAAAGUCGUGAAGGAGGAACAGCCGCUUAAUCAGGCCAAGGUGUUAGGAUAUUGUUCUAAUUAUUGAAUAGAUUACUUAAUUUAGUUUUUAAAUAUUUUACGUUUAAGAUUGUAAUACUAGUGAUAUUAAUUCUUUAUUAGAAGCCUAUUUUACAAUAUGCACAAUAUUGAGUAGUAUUUAGGUUAAAUGUAUUAUGAUCUCAUCUUACAUGUAUGUGUGAUAGUGUCUUUGAAUGUUUUAUGUAGUUUGCUAGUGUGAGAUUUGUAUGUAGUUUAUUUUUAUAAUGAUUUCUUAUGUUUACGCGAAUGUUAGACAUUAAAUUAUUUUUCGGAUUUUAUUACGGACUUUGAAAAAUAGUUUAAUUUUAAUGUAGAUUAUUUUUUUUAAUCCAUAAAAUACGAAUAUACGCGUAUAGCAUCUACACAGGUUUUUAAUAAAAUGUUUUACAUUUUAAAUAAAUUCGACGAUAAAUUCUAACAGUAUUAAAAUUCUGAUCCUGUUUUGUAGGUACUAUCGAAAUUAAGCAUUAAAAUUAGGCGAUAUCGAAUCUAUUACUAAUGAUCGGAUAAUAACAAAAACAAUGAUAGCUGUGCCGUGCUGUGCUGUGCUGUGUGUGUGAAAAAUAAAUAUUUAAACUCACAAUUAUAGAAAUAUUCCGAGAUUUCUACAAAUUUCCAAUUCCAAUUUGUUGUGAUUGGCUAUAACAGUUUAAAUAUUUGCUCAACGUGCAAUACUUGGCUUGUUACUUUGAGUUGAAUAUAGGGUAUUUUAGUGUGUGUGAGAAAAAAUCCAAAAAUACGUCAAUAAGAUAGUUUAAUCAAAAAGCAAUCGGAAAAUAGUAGUUUCAGUUCAUAAAAUUAUAAAAUGUUUUUUUAAAUUCAAUUCAAAGUUUUGACUUUUUUAUCUGUUUUACAAAUAUGCGAAACGAGUGCCGCCAUGACAUGACGUCAUCAAGGCAGUAAACUACGUGAAGUGUCAAUACGCGUUCACUAUUUCUAGUUUAUCGAAAUAAAUACAUUUUUCGGAUAUUAAAUUUGGAAUUCUUCUCGCAAGUUGUAACCAACUUAUUCUCAUAGUUAUAUCAGUUGGCACUUGAAUCCAUAAUUUUUAUCGGCGUUUUUACACUAGUAUUCUUACAUUCAGGUACAACAAACCAAUGAUAAGGAUAGUAGCUCAUAUUAAUUGUAAUAAUUUCUUCUUUCUCUAUGCACAGCGUUGUUACUUGAUAUUUACUGUCGAGAUGACAUCAGCAACGUGGCCUCUAGCGUUUUCGUUUAUUUACGCGGGAAAAUUUAAAAUGUAAUAUUUAAAUGUAUUUUAAAAGCACUUAUUAAUUGAAUAUUUUUUUAAUAUUAUAAAAUUUACAGUGGUAUUUUAUUACCUAAGAUUAAUUUGAGAGACAUUUCAAUAAAGAGUGUACCUAAUACCAUAUUUUUAUGUCAUCGUCGCCCUGUCUAGGGAGCGACCACAAUACGUCGACGUCAUACGGUAAAAAUGAACCUCCUUACAGUUCUCAUUAGGUUGAGUCAUGUUCCAAGAAACGGGCAGCAAUAUAUACUAUACUUAGGGUUAAAUACUAAUUUAUAUUUGUCCACUUUCGAUUUACUAUACACAUUGACGUAUAUUAUAUAGACACGAACGUCCAUAUAUAUACUAUUCGUUCAAAAUCUGGACUUAGAAAUAAAGUUCGCUGCAGUGCUAAAACAUCGAUCAUCGUCUAACCAAUUUUUUUAAAUUGCAGUGCUAAAGCACUUAAAAUGGAGUAUAAGUAAAAUAGGAACCAA